CUGGUGUCAGCGUCUGCUCAGCCCGCCGUCUGGUGUGUCUUGUGCUCGUUACACAACAAUCAGCAACAUGAGAAACCACAGGGCACAGCUGGGUCCCCAGGAACCAUGGUUACUAUCUAUACACAAUCUCGUCAGGCCUACUACACACAGGCUGCUGCUCUGACUGGUGGCUUCUAAAGCAUAGCACAUGCACAAUUCACAGUGGCUGGACCUGACCAUCCAAUCACUGCCUCCCUAGGUGGGAGGGCCGUCCUGUCCUGCCACCUCUCCCCUAGGAUGAGCGCUGAGAACAUGGAGGUGAGGUGGUUCCGAUCCAAGUACUCGCCAGUUGUGCACCUGUACCGUGAUGGGCAGGAUCAGUACGGUGAGCAGAUGCUGGAAUAUCGAGAAAGAACUGAGCUCUUGAAAGACAACAUCACCACUGGGAGAAUUUCCCUGAGAAUACGCAAUAUUCAACUCUCAGACGAUGGGCAGUACAAGUGUUUUUUUAAAUCCAAUGUGUCUUACGAAGAAGCUUUAUUGGAACUGCAGGUGGCAGGGUUGGGCUCUGCUCCUGUCAUCUCUGUGGAGGGACAUCAGGACGGAGGGAUCCGAAUUGUCUGUCGAUCAUCUGGAUGGUACCCACAGCCCAAAGCUCAGUGGAGAGAUCUCCAGAGGCAGCUCUUACCAUCAGCCUCUGAAAAAAUAUCCCCAGAGGCCAAUGGCCUGUUUCAAACAGAGAUUGCCAUUGUUAUAACGGAAGAGUCCAACCAGAAAGUGUCCUGCUUUGUCAGGAACCCCCGUCUCAACCAGGAGAGAGAGUCAGUGAUUUCCAUUGCAGAGCUGUUUUUCCCACGAGUCAAUCCUUGGAUGGUGGCUCUGGGGGUGAUCCUGGCUGUUCUCCUUCCUCUGGCCGGUUACUGCUUCUGGAGGCAACACAGAGCGAAAGAGAUCCUGCGAUCUGAGAUGGAGAGGCAGACAGAGGCUCUGCGAUCUGAGAUGGAGAGACAGACAGAGGCUCUGCGAUCUGAGAUGAAGAGACAGACAGAACUGGGACUCAUCAGAGCCCGAAGCUACGCAGUGGACGUGACUCUGGAUCCAGACACGGCAAAUCCCUGGCUAGUCCUGUCUGAGGAUCGGAAACAUGUGAGACGUGGAAACACACGUCAGGAUCUGCCCAACAACCCUGAGAGAUUUGAUCACUGUUACUGUGUCCUGGGCACUGAGAGGUUCACAGGUGGGAGGCAUUACUGGGAGGUGGAAGUGGGACACAAGAUGAGAUGGGACCUGGGAGUUUGUAGGGAAUCUGUGCGCAGGAAGGGGAAGGUCACAUACACACCUAAGAAUGGAUACUGCGUUGUGUGGCUGAGGGGUGGGGAAUACGCGGCCAGCACCUCCCCCCGGACCUCCUUCCCUGUGACCAUCAGACCCAACCGGGUGGGGAUUUUCCUGGACUAUGAGGCGGGCGAGGUCUCGUUUUACAAUGUGACUGACAGGUCCCAUCUCUUCACUUUCACUGGCACCUUCUCCGGGACGCUCCGCCCUUAUUUCCAUCCCUGUCACUCGGGUAAAAACAAGGAGCCCAUGAUAAUCUGCCCGGUCCCAACUGAGGCCGGAGGGAAUCUCUGUCCCUGACACUGACCCCGCGGCACAGACUGGCCCCUCCCAGCCCUGCUGCUCUUCCCACCCCCAGUGGUGGGGGCCAGUUACUGCAGCAACUGGACUUUCUGUGCUGACCGGACGCUGCCAGUUUCCCUUUUCACCUGGAGGUUCCAGUCGAAAACCGGACACCUGGGAACCCCCAGCCCCCACCUUCCCCAUCUCCUGCCCCAGGGGUAGCAGAUGGAGGUGGAUGGGGUCAUUCACUCCUGUCAGAAUUUUUUACCGCUGUGAAAUCUCAGUGUAAAAUAUGAAAGAAAAAUGAUUAUUCCAAUUUAGAAAAUAUUAUUGUAACAAAGUGUAAAUACAAGAAUAUUUUAA